GCGCGCAGGGCGCGGGGCGAUCGCCGUCGGGGCUCGGGCGGCGGGCAGCGGGCUCAGGCUCCCCGGUGCCCGCCCCUCCGCUGGAGGUGGGGGGCGCGAACGGGCUGCCGGGGAGGGGCCGGCACCGCCGCCGCAAAAUGAGCCUGCUGUCGGCCAUCGACACCAGCGCCUCGGUGUACCAGCCGGCCCAGCUGCUCAACUGGGUCUACCUGUCGCUGCAGGACACGCACCAGGCGAGCGCCUUCGAUGCUUUUCGGCCCGAGCCGCCCGCCGGCGCCGCGCCCCCGGAGCUGGCCUUCGGCAAGGGCCGCCCGGAGCAGCUGGGCUCGCCCCUGCACUCCAGCUAUCUCAACAGCUUCUUCCAGCUGCAGCGCGGAGAGGCCCUGAGCAGCAGCGUGUACAAGAGCGCCUCGCCCUACGGCUCCCUCAACAACAUCGCCGACGGCCUCAGCUCCCUCACCGAGCACUUCUCCGACCUGACCCUGACCUCUGAGACCCGGAAGCCCAGCAAGAGGCCGCCGCCCAAUUACCUGUGCCACCUGUGCUUCAACAAAGGACACUACAUCAAGGACUGCCCCCAGGCACGCCCCAAAGGCGAGGGUCUGACCCCAUACCAGGGCAAGAAGCGCUGCUUCGGCGAGUACAAGUGCCCCAAGUGCAAGCGAAAAUGGAUGAGCGGGAACUCCUGGGCCAACAUGGGGCAGGAGUGCAUCAAGUGCCACAUCAACGUGUACCCGCACAAGCAGAGGAGCAAAAUGAGGCAAGGGGUGUAUGCGACUUACCCCAGAGGCCCCUGGAGAAGCCUGACGGCCUGGACGUGUCCGACCAGAGCAAGGAGCACCCGCAGCACCUGUGCGAGAAGUGCAAGGUGCUGGGCUACUACUGCCGCCGAGUGCAAUGACCGGCCUGCCGCCCCCACCGGAGAAGCCCGCCCGUGUCCGUCCGCGUGGCUGUGUGUCCCCGUGUGUGUGGGAGUCCUCACACGCGUGUGGGUCUGGGCAGGGGGGUCUUAGGUUCUUGUCUCAUGUGUGCUGACAAACAGUGUUACUGACAUAGCUGCCCCGCAGGAGGUGAGGUCUCUGGGACUCUCCAGGUGGGCUGAGUCUGGGGGGGACCGGGGGCGAGCAGGGGGCCGAUGCACAGAACCCACAGAGCCCUCGGGGUCCCCUGCAGGCUCUGCUCCGCUGAGACCCCUUUGGUGAGCAGCCUUGCAUUGGCCACAAGUGCACUAAAUUUACUGUGAAUCCCAAAGCCUGCGGGGUUGUCUCCCCAAGACCAGCCGGCGCCUGCUCGCUCCCUCCUCCCCCCCGGGGGCCUUCCCGGCUGCCCGUACACAGAGCGCCCUCAGAGAGCCCGUGUCUGCGUCCCGUUCAGGUCCGCAGUCGUGGCGAGCUGACACCUGUGCCAGCAGCUGCUGGCAGUGGGCCUCUCUGCCCCUGGCCCACUUUGAGCCCCAAACUGGACUUCCUCUGCCGUCACUGAUGUUACACCCCCUUCCCGAAGACCCAGGGGUUCGGCAUUGCCCCCUCCCCAGAGACCCAGAGGUCAGAGGUGGUGGGGGGGGCCUGAAUGUCGGACAGAGUCCCAAGGCGUGGCCUGGGGCACACCAGGCAUCGCUACCCCCUCCCCCACACACACAUUUUCCCCAUGUGCUGGCAUUUGUCAGCCAUUCCCUCCCCUUCUCCUCCACCUCCCACCCUCGGCCCAUCCCCGAUGGAGGCCGUAGGGCCCUGUGUGGCAGGAAGGGCAUGGGUCUGGCAAGCCAGAGAUCUUUGUUCAAGUGCUGGCCCGGCCGCUGACUGGGGUUGGAACUUGGGGAGGACAUUGCAUCUCGGGCCUCAGUUUACCCUUUAGUUCAGUGAAUAACACUAGUAAGGGGGGGAGCAGCCGGGGGCGCCUCCUGGGCACAGGACUGAAUUUGGAGGGUGUCACCAAGUCCUGCACUCUCACCACCCCCCACCAGUCCAUCACUGAGGUCAAGCUGAUGGAUGCCAGCCCCUUCCCUGCCUGUUGUCCCUCCCCCUGCCAAAGGGAAGGAGAAAGUCCCCUUCCCCCUCGCACGGGGCAGCCCAAGGCACCCUGCAGAGCCUCUCCUCCCGGGGAGCUGGAGGACCCCCUCUUCAGGGAGGAGACUGUGUUGAUUGUCGUGCGUCCUUCCUUUCUCCCGGGGGCGGGAGAAAGCUAGUUGUCAGGACCCAGUCACUUUUGCCCCAACAUGAUGCCUCUGUGGGAAGAAGUCAGACCACGAAAUGGGCCUGCAACCCAGUGUUUACCGCGGCUCAGGGACGCCCAGCCGGGGUCCGGUGCCUUUGUUUUCAAAUGAAAGUGUUUGUACAGCUGAGGAGUCACAGUCACGUUAGCCAGGGGUCCAGGGAGCAAGUCGAGAAGAUGGAGUGCGUGUGUUUGAAGCCAGGGGGCGCCGCAGAGUAGAUUUCAGGGGGUCACGGCCUCUGAGCACUUAAAAGGGGGAUAUUUGCUCCAACCUGAGCCCCAAGGCUGCCUCCCUCCCACCCACAGCAGCCACGCCUGGCCGUGGCUGGGACCCCCCUCCCCGCCCACAGGGAGUCCUCGCCCAGCUGUUUCCCGCUGUCUCCCCGGGUCAGAGCGAGCGGAGUCGCCCUGGCGGGAGGCACUGUGCCCCGAGGAGAAGCUGUCUCUGCCAGUCAUCCUGGUGCGCAGCCAGAGAUAAUGCUCCACCUGCCAGCACCGGGCCCCAGCUCUGCCAGGGACCUGGCCCCACCGUGGGACCUUGGUCCCAGGAUGCUGGGCCCUGCCAAACCCGCUGCAGAGGUGGGAGAAGCCCGAACCCUAAAAGAGCCGGGACUCCAGGCUUCCGGAGGCCAGGGCCCCCCACGGGCCAACAGGAGAUGGGCUAUCAUCCCACAGCGACCUUCCCAGUGGGCUUGUCCGGCUGGCAGCCAUUGCCCCUGCCAUUUGUGCCCGGCUGGCCAUGGAGGGCUGGGCCCUCUUUAUUGUUCUGGCCAGACUUGGGAGCUCUCCGGGGUCAGCAAAAGCCUCUGGUGCCCAGGCUGGCUGCCGUGGGAAUGACGUGCUCAGAGGCCCGGAGCCCUGGGGACGGGCAGUGUGUGGCUGAGGACGUUCGAAAGGGACAAUCGCUUGUAGUGAGUAGGUCUAGAAAUGUAGCUGGGAGAUCACAGUGUUUACCCCGUGGAAGUAUUCAGUAGUUCUACUUGUGCAUUUGUAUUUAUUUUGAGUUAUACUUGACACAGAAUUCCUUUUUUUAAAAAAGACAAAUACUAUUUGUGUAUUUUGAGGAAAAAAAAUCAUAGAUGUUAAAAUUUCUGCCUAGUUACCAAUCAUUCUCACAACACUGAAUUUCUUACCUUCUCCUGAGAAAAAUCCUCACAGUGGUUUUUGUCUGUAUAUAUUGGAAGGCCUUUUUUUAAAAAAAAGAAAAAGAAAAAAGAAAAGAAAAGAAAAAAAAUAAUUGUUUGAUUUUUGACAUUAAACACAAACAAAGAGAGGCAUUUUCAAAGCUUCGGAGCUUUCGGGAGGGCAAUAGAAUAUCAAACAAAAUGUCUGGAAGUAUUUUGCAAACCUUGUUGAGGUGCGAGAAAAAUAUUUAUGGUGAGAACGUUUUUCUCCUGGGUUUGGUUUUGUUUUUCUUUUGAUUUUUUUUUUUUUACUAUUCUUUGGUCUGUAAAAAGUAUGCAACCGAACUACAUUAAGAAGGAAAUAUUGUCUCCAUAGAAUAUUAUAUGAAGUUGGUACAUAAUUCUGACGAGGAAAAACAGAACAAAAAUCUUUGCAAUUCUUUAAGCCAUAUUGUUGCUCUUCUGUUUUGUUUGUUUUUUUUUCCUUGGAUGAAAAUAUCAGUAUUAAGUAGCCAGCAUAUUACCCAAGUGCUUAGACGCAUUGGUCUGUGUCUGUCCUGUAUUUAUACAUGUGUGUAUCUGGAAAGUAUUGCCUUGUAAGGGAAGCUGUUCUUAGGUCUUUAGUGAAAGGGGAUGGAACCCCUUUGAGCCUCCUCAGCUGAGGAUAACAAACAGCAUUGUAACCCUUCCCCUCGCGCCUUCUUAUUAUUCUCUCGUUAUUAUGGUUAUUAGUUUAGUCGGGGGUGAGGAGGUGGGCCGGGGGAGAAACGGACGUGGGACUAACCAGCCCCCUGUGGCCAGCCCCGUGGCCUUGGCCUGAGGAAGGGCCCGGCCAGCGGGGCCCCAGGAGGGCGAGAGGAAGAGAGGCAGCCUUCACACCCUCUGGGUGGCCAUCUGAGCCAUGCCUCGGGGCCCCGGGCUCUUUGAACUUGGAUUUGCCAACCAGAGCCCUCACUUGCCCUCUAACGUCUAGUAGACUUGAAUCUAUUCUAAACGAGUAUUUAACCGACAUCACUACAUUGUAGCCCAGCCCAACAGCAGCCCUGGCAUGGCGGGGGAGGUGUCGCCGGGGCCGGGGGCAGCACACUGGCUGCUGUCCGCCGCCAGCCGCACGCUCACCUCCUCCGCUCCCCUGGGGCGGCCUGUCCGUGUCUGUAUCCAUUCAUGCGUGUGUGUCCAGCUAAAGAGACAAAUGGCCCGUGGGCCCCGCCCGGAGAGCACGGCAAGGCUCCCGACCUCUCCGAGGGGCGCCCUCGGGAUGGCAUUCCGUUGUGUGCCUUAUUCCUGGAGAACCUGUAUGCGACGUGCCCUUAGAAGUAUAGUCUUUUCCCGCGGUAUUAAAGGACUUGAAAGGCC